UGUGAAAAUACGAGAAAAUAAGAUGUUUCAGUCAGUUGUUGUAUACAGGGUAGCACAAAAAAAUUAUGAUAAGUUAUUUACCGAAAUAGUGCUGUAAGUGGCGCCCUCUACAAGUUUGGUCAGAAAGAAUAACGGAUACUUACUUCUCAUGCUAGAAAACCUGCCUAUACCCUAGUUUUAUGCUAAAAUCUGAAAUACUUUUCAAGCAAUAAGGAAAAAUAGAGAAUAAUAUUGUAACUUUAACACCCUGUAUCUCGCAAUCCAUAAUUUUUUGGACAUAGGUAUGUUUAGGUCAAUUAACAUAUUUUGGUCUGUAGUAUCUCCAGAUUCGACACUAUCCAACCUUUCGCAAAAUAUGAAUAAUUUCAGAUUCAAGUUCUCCUAAUUCCUAAUAUCCUUUCGCCACUAAGAAAGUUAUUUAUUUCAUUGUUCACCUAAGCAAUGGUACAUUGUAGUAAAUACGUAGAUAAAUGUAAAUUGCGACCUAGAAAUAGUUCGACAAGGCUUGAUACAUCUGCUGCCCUUACCUCGAAAAUACAGAAAGGCAUCUGGCCAAUACGCUCUAAGAGCGGAUCGAUGUCACCCACCACCAUUAAAAGGAAAACCCGUCCAUCAGCCUGCAUCCAUUCUCAAGGCUAUAAGCAGUGGCGUACAAUGCAAAAUUGCAUAAAUAAGCAUAGGCUGAACUGAGUCUUGGCUUUCCGUCUCUGUGACCAUGACCAACCAUAUACAACGUUAUUUUAUUUUUGGUGUAGGACUGGUCCUGGUAACAGACAGGUCAAAGCAAACUAUAUACUACCAUUGAUUAACGUAUUCCACUUAAACGUACCUUAUACUGUAUUCCGACAUCAAACAAGGGAUCCGAAAUAUACUAGCGCUAUCUGUGAGGCAAUACCUGAAUACAAAAACUAAUUUUGGAAUCUAAAUACUUUGAAAACAGCAUAUUUGGUUAUGCUAGUGUCAUAGAUAGCGCAAGGAUAUUUAAUCCUUUUUUGUCUUUUCUAAUGUCUUCUGUUGUAUAUCUUAAGACAUUGAUUUACGUAAGUUAUCCAAUUAAAAUAGAUAUUACAGAGUCAAAAAACGGAUAAAAGCUCCUGGUCUCAUCUACGAGACAGUAGCAGAACCAAAUGCUUAUUACGUGGGUUUGUAGACCAUACCCACUUGUUUGCUUUCCGUUGUCUGUUUUCAAUCCAAGGCCUAUACUGUACUGAUGAUUGGGAACGAGCGUGAAACAACAUGGUAUACAACACAGAUUCACUUCAGCCCAUGUUGUAAAUGAACAGUAUGUCAUUAAGGGUAUUACAAAAUACUCAUCAUACGGAGAAUAAAUGGCAAGAAAACUUCGGGAGAAUUUGCUACACUUUGCGAAACACCAAACCAUGACCCAGGAUACUGCGUGGAGAUAAAAUCAUGCACAAGGCUGUUGAGCCAGCUAAAUAACAGCAACGCAAGAAGUUUCUUGAGGGACUCAAUGUGUGGACCAGAAAAUGAAGACCUUAGCAAUCCAAAAGUCUGCUGUGGACGAUAUACGAAUUACCGAAAUGUUAGCAAAAAUAUUGCCAGUCUGGACGUUCUUCCAAAAAAUUGUGGCACACAAAAGUUGACUCUCAAGAGCAGAGUUGUAGGAGGUAAAGAAGCAGAACUGGGAGAGUUUCCAUGGAUGGCCAGAAUUCUGCAUAAAAACAGAUAUAAUUUUAAAUCGUUUGGCUGCUCUGGAUUCCUGAUACAUUCCAAAUAUGUCAUAACCGCCGCUCACUGUGUACACGAUAAAUUCCUUGAAGUUCGAGGCAAAGUGUAUGCUGUUCAUCUUGGAGAACAUAACAUAGAAACAGAGGUGGAUUGUAUGCAUGGUAUCUGUGCAGACCCACCUCAAGUGAGCAGGGUGGCAAAGGUUAUCGUUCACCCGGAUUACAAUCCAAAUGAAAGGUCUCAAUAUAACGAUAUUGCGAUUUUGUACCUGAAAAAAGGAAUGAAAGUAACAAAUUUUAUACGACCCAUAUGCCUUUUGGAGGACCCAUCGCAGAAACCUCAUAAGUACAUUGUGAGCGGAUGGGGUAAAACAGAGCAAGAUAGGGUAAGCGCAGUUAAGAUGAAAGUAGAUUUACCAUAUAUAGAAAAAGAAAACUGCAAACAGUCCUACAAGGCAUUGGGAAUGGAACUAAUCGAAAGUCAAACUUGUGCAGGAGGAGAAGCAGGCAAAGACAGCUGUAAUGGCGAUUCUGGAGGGCCUCUCAUGAUGACAACCAACGGAACAGUCUGGUUUGCUGCGGGUAUCGUCAGCUACGGAAUAGGCUGUGGCAUGGAAAACUGGGCAGGAGUUUACUCAGACAUUCCCAGUUUUAUUCCUUGGAUCAAGACUGUCAUUGUAGAGACUAACCUGCUAAAUCCAAAGAGCCUACUCAUAGCAAGAAGAAAAGGAGGAAAACUUAUUAAGAAAAACAACGACACUGAGUCUGCUUAAUGAUUUGAUAAUUCUUAUGUAAUCAUUAAAUGUUCAGAAUAACUGUUUGAAGUUUUUCUGUGAAAUGCAAACAGUACACUCACGUAAGGUAAAGGAAUAGGGAUUGUUACUAGCUCCUGGAGGUCUUACACAGAAUAAAAUGACUCUUACUUAUUAAUGUCUCACUAUCUUAUCAUCCAUCAAAUCUACAAAGACUGACCUGAAGUUCUAAAGGUUCAUAAAUCUACAAAGGGUAACAAGCGAUAAUUUGUAUAUUUUUUGAUUUUACAACAUCA